AUGUUUCCGGAAGGUAAUCCUCCAUCCAGACUGUUAUUAGGCUCAUGGAAAGCUUGUGACGUAUUGACCAUCUGGGUGGAUCACAAUCUUCCUCAUCGACCGUCAUGGCUCACUCCGCAACUGUACGAGGAUUGUGUGCAUCUGUUGGAUUGGAAACAUUACAUCCGAUUCUCCCAACCCUCCCUGACCAGACUGCAUGGUGGUCCACUGAUCGCGCAUGUCCUGCGCCUGUUACGUGCCCGUGCGAAUGCCCAGCUGAUCGCGACCGGACGGGAUGCGGUCCACGUGGAAUUGCUCGCACCUCACGGUCGUGAAAUGCUUAUGAAUGUGUCCGCCACACUGGGCCUAGUCGCAUACUUCGCGCACGAUUCAACCAUAGCCAGUGUGUUAAGUCAUCUCGGUGUGUUUGAUGGGUAA